UCUGCCCCUCAGACACUCCUUUCAGUCUGGUUCUCCUGCACUUCCAUUUCCUUUCCCCGACCGGCGUCUUCCAGCCUAUCUGCAACUCCAGGCUGCCAUGGAUGCCCUGCAACUGGCCAACUCAGCGUUUGCCGUUGAGCUGUUCAAGCAACUAUGUGAAAAGGAGCCGGCGGGCAAUGUCCUCUUCUCUCCUGUCUGUCUUUCCACCUCCUUGUCACUCGCUCAAGUUGGUGCCAAAGGUGACACUGCGAGUGAAAUCGGACAGGUGCUUCACUUUGAAGGCGUCAAAGAUGUGCCCUUUGGGUUUCAAACGGUCACCUCAGACGUAAACAAACUUAGUUCCUUCUACUCGCUGAAACUAAUCAAGAGGCUCUACGUGGACAAAUCUCUGAAUCCUUCUACCGAAUUCAUCAGCUCUACAAAGAGACCCUAUGCAAAAGAAAUGGAAACUGUCGACUUCAAAGAUAAACUGGAAGAAACCAAAGGUCAGAUCAACAACUCAAUCAAGGAUCUCACAGACGGGCGCUUUGAGAACAUUUUAGCUGACAAUAGUGUAAAUGACCAGACCAAACUCCUUGUGGUGAAUGCUGCCUAUUUUGUUGGAAAGUGGAUGAAGAAAUUUCCUGAAUCAGAAACCAAAGAAUGCCCUUUCAGAGUCAAUAAGACGGAUACCAAACCGGUGCAGAUGAUGAACCUGGAGGCCACGUUCUGCCUGGGCCACAUCGAUGACAUCGGCUGCAAGAUCAUUGAGCUUCCCUUCCAGAACAAGCACCUCAGCAUGCUUAUCCUGCUGCCCAAGGACGUGGAGGAUGAGACCACGGGCUUAGAGAAGGUUGAGAAACAACUCAACCCCGAGACGCUGUUGAAGUGGACCAAUCCCAGCACCAUGGCCAACGCCAAAGUCAAACUCUCCAUUCCCAAGUUUAAGGUGGAAAAGAUCAUUGAUCCCAAGCCUAGUCUGGAAAACCUAGGGCUCAAAAAAUUGUUUAACGAGAAUACAUCUGAUUUCUCUGGAAUGUCAGAGACCAAGGGCGUGGCCCUCUCAAAUGUCAUUCACAGAGUGUGCUUAGAAAUAGCGGAAGAUGGGGGGGAGUCCAUAGAAGUGCCAGGGUCGCGGAUCCUGCAACACAAGGAUGAGUUCAACGCUGACCACCCGUUUAUUUACAUCAUUAGGCACAACAAAACUCGAAACAUCAUUUUCUUUGGCAAAUUCUGUUCCCCUUAACUCCCACCUGACUUCUAUAAACUCUGUGUCCAGAGAAUCGCUUUCCGAAUAGGAUGAACUGUUACUCUUGUUGCCCCUGGAAUGCUGUCCAUGUCCUCCGUGGCCCUCAUGCUAAUAGGCCCUCUUUCCUCACUCUUUCUUUUGUUUUCCGUAAAAGCAAUGGGUAGCCCGUUAGACACAGUAGAUCCACAGAGCCUUAGGCUCUCUCCUGUGUGCCUGGGGAAAUAUAUUUGUUUGAACUCUGUAUUUUUUGGGAUUUCAGGAUAAUAAGUUACACAUACUGUGCUAUGGAAUUCCUCUGGUAGGGUGUGGAACAGAACACUGUAAAUCAACACCAAUUGGCACAUUUUAAUCACAAAGCGGAGAAUCUUCUCACAAAUUGGGUAAUAACACUUCAGUAGCUCAGGGCAUUGGGUUUUGCUGCCAAACGAGUUUGCAAUCAGUUUACGAAAAAAACCUUGUUUUCAGGACAUUUUGAGAUUUGGGGUUAUUAGAUCAGAAUUAUAUCUCUGUAGCAACUUAAAUGCUUUUUAUAAGCAUGCAUAUGUAUAUAUGUACAGGCACACAUAUGUAUUCACAUAUAUAUGUAUAUAUAACACAUAGACAUACAUGCAUGUAUACAUAUAUAUGAAGGAAAGGCUUAUGUAUUAUUAAAAAUUCACUUUACAUUGGAUAUAAUACACACCUGGCCAUUGGGUUGGUAACAGACAUCUGGCAGGGACUUCUAGCCGACUUAAAGCUUUGCGUGUCUUAUACUGAAGACUGACAAGGUGGAUGUUUACAGCCGCCAAUGAAAGAAUGUUCUGGAUGUUAAAGGAACAUGCUUUGUGGGAUGUGACAGUGGGGAAAGGAAAGGAGCUUGAAACGUUUGAAAGUGUACCUACAGAUGUCAUACACUGCCAUGAUGCGUAUUUUUUCGGUCUGUGAGUCUAGUACUUUGGGUAGCAAGUUGUUAACUUACAUUAAUAGCCAUAUUUCAAGUUGGCUUGUAAGUCAACCAUACUGC